AUGCUACUAUGGGCAACUUUGGCAAAAAAAACUGAAUUCUUCUGGAAAAAACCUGCUGCAACCAAAAGAAAACUUGCCACCUACUAUAAUACUCAAAACUCAAAACGUGACUGUUGUACUAAUUGGUCAUCUUCUGCUAAAAAAACUCUAAAUGGCUAA